UUCGCUCCUUUUAUGUUUAUUUAUGGGGUGUGUGGUCAAGCCUUUUCAACUAAUUCAACAGUAAUACACAUAGUAAUGCCAAUAUCUCUUCAAACAUCACUACCCCUUCAAUUCAAUGGAUUCCAUUUUCCAAAUUGCUGAGUUUCCAUUGAUAUAGCUUGGGUUAUACUUGAUCUUAUCUUUGUAUAUAUAGGGAACUUACUUUUUUGCUCUGAACUAUUUUGUGUUGUAUGGCUGAUUUAAUGGGAUUUUCUUUGAACUCUUUGGGUUUUUGUUCUUCUCCAAAUUCUUCAUUGUUAACCUCAUUCUCUUCAUCUUUGAAUUCUACCCAAACACCUAAUCAAAAGUUGCAUAAAAGGGGUGUUUCUUUUUCUGAUUCUCCUUCAACUUCUCUAGAAUUUGUUUCCAGAAUUGCCUUCACCCCCAACAAGCGAUUUCCUACUGUUAAGGCACACGCUACCGUUACUCGAACUGAGGAACCUAAAUGGUGGGAGAGAAAUGCAGGGCCUAACAUGCUUGACAUUCAUUCAACACAAGAAUUCUUGGAUGCUCUAAGUCAGGCCGGUGAUAGACUUGUUAUUGUAGAAUUCUAUGGAACAUGGUGUGCUUCCUGCAAAGCACUAUUUCCCAAGUUCUGCAGAACAGCCCAGGAGCACCCUGAAAUCAUGUUUCUGAAAGUCAAUUUUGAUGCAAACAAGUCAAUGUGCAAAGCUUUGAAUGUAAAAGUCCUCCCUUAUUUCCAUUUCUACCGCGGAGCUGAUGGACAACUAGAGUCCUUCUCUUGUUCACUGGCCAAAUUCCAGAAGAUAAAAGAUGCAAUCCAAUUACAUAAUACAGACCGCUGCAGUAUUGGCCCACCAAUAGGAGUAGGAGACCUCACACUUGAACUCCUUUCCGGGACAAAGGAUGUAUCCGCUGCAGCUUCUUCUACUUAGAUUUGCUUGUGUGUUUCAAUCUAUAUAUCAAUAGCUUGCAUUUGAGCAACCACGAAAGCUUUUACGAUGGUUUCUAUAUAUGGUCAUUUUCACUUUUUGGUUGCUACUACAAUUUCCACCACUCUAGUUAAUGAUGUAAUUAUAUGCUCCAUUCUUGAUACCAUUAACACUUGCAGCUUAUAUAGGAUUGUUCAAUGGAAUUUUGUUCAUUAUGUGGAAAAAUUGAGUGGAAAGCACUACUU